UUCCAAGCUACAACAAAACAAUGGCAUUAGCUGAUAAUGAUGAAGACAACUACUUCUCGGAAAAAUAUCUGUUUCUGAAAGCAGAAGUUGCAAGCUGGAUUGAUUGCCUAAGAAUUCUACAUUCAAAAGAUUUAGAGAAGAGAGAUUUCUGCAACACUGAGAUAGGAGGGGAAGUCACCGGAUCUCGAUACAGAUGGAUUGUUUUCAUCUCUGUGCUGCUCCAGAAAGCCCUUCUCUACAUCAAGACUCCCAUGGCCGCCCUUGGCGCCGCGAUCGAGCUAUGCCUCAACUAUCCUGCCUUCAAUCACCACUUGCUCUUCAACAUUUUCACAGGGAGAUUGGUGAAACCGGAUAGAGCAUCGCCCAAGUUUACGUCGAUGGUUGGAAAUAUUGACAGGAGAUGGGAUUUGAGGAGACAUUAUUAUGGAAACAAAGCUGCACCAUCCAUCUCAAUAAUGGCUUCUAAAUUGUCGUAUGAAAAUGAGUCAUUUGCUCGAAAUGUUGUCACGCAUCAUUGGCAGAUGGAAUUUAUUGGUUUCUUCGAGUUUUGGAAUGAUUUUCAAGAAGCGAAGUCAACAUAUGCAACCAUGCUCCGAGACAAAAACCGAAUCGUGAUAGCAUUCAGAGGCACGGAGCCAUUCGACGCCGAUGCAUGGCGAACCGACGUAGACGUCUCAUGGUACGACAUCCCCAGCGCCGGCAAAAUCCAUGGCGGCUUCAUGAAAGCCCUCGGCCUCCAGAAAUCCACCGGCUGGCCCAAACACGCCCCAUCGCCCCCUAAAUCAUUCGCCUACUACACGCUCCGAGAGAGGCUCAAAACCCUAAUCCAAGAAAACGGGGAAGCCAAAUUCAUAUUAACCGGCCACAGCCUCGGAGGGGCAUUAGCCAUUUUGUUUGUCGGAAUUCUGGCCAUGCACGAGGAUGAAUAUUUGCUGAGGAGGUUGGAAGGAGUGUACACAUUUGGGCAGCCUAAGGUGGGGAAUGAGCAAUUUGGGGAGUACAUGAAGCAAAAACUGAAGUUGUAUGAUAUAAAGUACUUUAGGUAUGUGUAUUGCAAUGAUGUGGUGCCUAGAUUGCCUUAUGAUGAGAAAGCAUUCUUGUUCAAGCAUUUUGGGAGUUGUUUAUACUUCAAUAGCUGCUACAAGGGCAAGGUUCUUGAAGAUGAGGCCGACAAUAACUACUUCUCGUUGCUGUACGUUGUACCCAAGGUUUUGAACGCGGUUUACGAGCUUGUAAGGGGUUUCAUAUUACCUUGGAUAAAGGGGGAGGAGUAUAGAGAAGGAUGGUUUAUGACAUUGUUUAGGCUAACAGCCUUGAUUACCCCAGGUUUAACCAAUCAUUUUCCACUAGAUUAUGAUAAUGCCACUAGAUUACAAAAACCUGGGCUUGUUCAAUUAAACUAAACUCAAAUAGUCCAAUACAAAAAAUGAAAUUAUGUACUAGUGUGUUAUUCAUCAAUAAAUAUUACUCCUUUUGACAAUGGAUGCA